AUGCGGGCUCAAGUGGAUUGUCCCGGGUAUCGAGAUCCAUUGGACUGGAAUUUUCGAGAUCAAAGCGAGGAUGUGAUCCGCAAGUCUCAGCAAGCCCCACGCAAAAAGCGCACAGCCACGACUAGCACCACUGGCACCUCUAGCAUCUCGACUAGCAUUCAGAAUGUGUCUCCUCCAAGAAACAGUCUUCUUUACCCAGUUCAGGAAUUAGCUAAGGCUCAUAUAUUUGUGAACUACAUGUCCGGUGGUCCCUGUGGGGGCCACAUGUCCUAUCUGCUGCCUUUGAUGAAAGACACUAGCAAUUCACCGGUCUUGACCACCGCGCUGGCCGCAGUGGGAUUAGCAGCCUUGUCCAACAUUCGUCUUUCUCCACGAAUGAUGCUCCAAGCUAGAAAAGAGUAUACGACCGCACUAUCUCAAACAAAUCAUGCCCUCAGAGACCCAGUUCUUUCCAAGAGAGAUGAUACAUUAGCAGCUGUGGUAUUACUGGAACGAUGGAUCAAACACAUGGAUGGAGCCAAAAAUCUAAUUGAAUAUCGAGGUUCAGAACAAUUGACUCGACCGGAGGGUUUGGGUUUGUUCACAAACCUACGGGCACAAAUUAGCAUCAGCCAAAUAUACCAAGAGAAAUACAGCUCUUCAACUAUGACCCACCUCACAGAAGAUGCAAAGCAAUAUCGAGACCCAGAUGACCGAAUAGUCGACGAUGUCGGUCGGGUGGUCAUCCAACUGACCAACUUUUGCGCAGCCCUUAAAGAUGGCAGUAUCACGCAGCCUAGCGAGAUUAUACGCCGUACUCUGAGUCUCGAUGCAGACCUCACGUCAAUACUCCUUACUACACCUCCCUCGUGGGGGUAUAAAACAGUCAAUGUUCCGCUGGUAGACGGAGAGCCCAUCACCCGCACCGUUUGGGGUGAUGGUUACCAUGUGUAUCGAAAUCUUUCUGUAAGCGGCGUUUGGAAUUAUGCUCGCUCUGCACGAAUUAUAAUGCACGAAAUGCUUCUGGACGCCGUGAAAUUACUUGCAAAUUCUUCACCGGGAAGUAGCGGCCUCUGUCAACAGCAAAUUAUUGCGAGUCAAAGCCGACAGAUUGCGCAUCAACUCGUGGAUGAUAUUUGCGCUAGUGUUCCUUUCCAUCUGGGCAUGGGUAUGGAGGAUACCUAUAAGUGGAGAUCUCCCAGCCAAAACGCUGGUAGUGAAUCCUAUCCUGUCGCGUCAGGAUUAGGAAAUUCGGAUGGCUCGUUUCCCACCACACCCUUACCAUGGGCAUCAAUGCCCGCAUUUCCAUCUGCCGAGAGGAGCUUAUCUUUGGAAACAGAUGCAGCAAGUCCUGGAGCCUUUGUGCCCAACAUGAACAUGACGAACUCAGAUAUUCAUUAUGCUACGCCUCUGGCUCCUAAUUUCGAGGUAUCAGGGGCGGGAGGCGUCACUCUAGUGUGGCCUCUUUUAAUUGCUGCAAACUCUGGAUUUGCAUCUCCGCAGCUGCGGAAAUGGAUUAUUGGUUGUCUUGAGAAGAUUGGACAUUCCAUGGGAAUCAAUCAAGCGUUAGCUAUGGCGCAGUUAUUGCGGGAAGGGAUGGAUUCUCGGGCCUGGAUAUCGCCAGGCGACUCUCCUAGCCACGAUACUCAAUGA